AUGGCGUUAUUUCAAAACUUCAACACCCACACAUUACGAUCAACUAGAGGAUUCAAGCUAAAACAGUCGUCGCCGAUAUCGAGUCCCCAACCAGUUAGCAACUCAGCCUUUCCUCAGGAUCUGCCACAGUUACCCAAUCAAAACCAACAACAAUAUCAACUCAAUUCAUAUAGAACAAUCAAUCGGGAAUCAUUGCCCACUAGUGGUCAAACAGUAUCAUCACAUAAGGAUAUUCGAAGUUACGCUGAGCAAACAUUAGGGUCUGAUAAUGCGUUAAUUCAAGCAGUUAAAUUGCCACGAGACGAGGAUUUAAAUGAAUGGUUAGCUAUUCAUGUGGUGGACUUUUACAACCAAAUUAAUAUGUUAUACGGUGCAAUAACCGAAUUCUGCUCCCCCUUAACUUGUCCUCGUAUGAUUGCAACAGAGGAAUACGAAUAUUUAUGGCAAGAAUCAAACCAAAUACCAUCAAGUAAUGGAUCCAAUAUCGUAUCCUCCCCAAAAAAGCCAGUAUCCUUACCAGCUUGUGAGUAUAUUGAAAAUUUAAUGAAUUGGGUACAAAGCUUCUUUGAUAAUGAUAACAUUUUUCCAUCGAAGAUUGGUGCUCCCUUCCCUCACCAAUUUCCAACGUUGGUGAAGACGAUCUUCAAGAGAUUGUUUAGAAUCUAUGCUCACAUUUAUUGUCACCAUUUCCAUGAGGUCACAGAAUUGGGAUUACAAAGUCAUUUGAAUACAAGUUUGAAACAUUUUGUAUUGUUUGCUGAUGAAUUUAAACUAAUUACAAGAAAAGAUUAUGGACCAUUGGAAGAUUUGGUUGACACAAUGUUGGAUCGGUGA